AUGCCGUACGUGACUACCGCGAUUCCCAGACCAGAAGAGAUCACUGGGACUUCCACUCUACCUCUUGCGAGAGUGAAGAAAAUCAUAGCACAAGACGAAGACAUUAGUCAAGCCUCAAACUCUGCUGCUUUUGCCAUAUCCGUCGCGACUGAAGAAUUUUUGCGGUACCUGACAGAACAAGCUUUCAAUGUCGCAAAAUCAGAAGCAAAGCCGCGCAAGAAUAUCCAAUAUAAGGACAUUGCAGCUGCUGUAUCGAAGCUGGACAACUUGCAGUUCUUAUCUGAUGUCGUGCCUCGAACUAUAACUUACAAGCAGGUCAAAGAAAAGGACCAGAAAGUCAAAGAUGGCAAAGACACGACUACCAACGGCACAAACGGCCAUGAAGCUGAGGAGGGCGAUGAAGCCCUAACUUCAAAACAACGCUCGAUCGCACACAUGAUGGGUCAUCCUCAUGCUCACACGAACGGCAACCACGGAAUGUCCGAGUCUGAACCAAUGUCACCUGCUCAGCAGCGAAUCAGUCUUUCCAUGGCUACCUCGCCGAUUGUGGAUCGACCUGACCAGCCACAACGCAAUGGUCACGCUCAUCCAUCAAGCGAUGCGGACGAUGAUGUUGAGAUGGAUGAUUGA